GUUUUCAAGCUGACGCGAAGCAAAGUGGAUGAUGACAAGACCAGGCUGCUGGUCCAUAAAUUGCUGGAUCACCCCUGCUUGGUGGAGCUGAACUUGUCCCACAAUCUCAUCAAGAACAAGGGAGCACAAGCUAUUGGCAAGUUGAUCAACCGCAGCAGGUUAGAAACCCUCAAUCUGUGUAACAACCAGAUCCGUCACCUGGGGGCUCAGGCUCUUGCUCAAGCCCUGGCUGAGAACUCCACUCUGACCUCCCUGAAUCUGCGCCUCAACUGUGUGGAGGACAAAGGCGGGGAGGCGAUCGGCCGUGCCCUGCUGACCAACACCACCCUGAAGUCCAUCCAUCUUGGAAGUAAUGACCUAUCAGAGCCAACUGCUACACUUUUCUCCCAGGUCCUGGCUCAGAACACCACCCUGACGAGUAUCAACUUCUCAUGCAACUGCCUGGGGCUGGAUGGUGGGAAGCAGCUGCUUGACGGGCUGGUGGAUAACAAGGCUUUGACUGAGUUCGACCUCCGCCUGACAGAAGUGGGCCAGGAGACUGAGUACCUCAUUCACCAAAUUGUGUGGGCCAACCGGGAAGCGGUGAGGUUGAGGUCUCUGCAGCACCCCCCCACCAAACCCCUCUGA